AAUACAACCCCUUUUCAUAUGUUUUUCACAUUUGUUUUUGUUGUCACAUCUCUUGAAGAAGUGUUUUGACAACCGAUUCAAUGGUCUGAAUGUCGGGUCGGAAGAGGAAUAUCGCGUUCUCGCGACCGGAAGAGCCCGACUUCAUCAAGAAGUUGAAGGCCAGAGCCGGCAUCACAGCUGGUCCUGAGAUCGACACUAAAAAAGAAAUCCUACCGAAAGCCGACUCCGAAGACCUCGAGGACAGGGAUGAGGAACAGCCCGUCAUUGUUGUCCUCAAAGACGGCGAUCUGACCGCCGAUGAAGUGAAAGAACUUACGGAAGAGAACCGUAUAAAAGAUGAGGAAAAGGAUAUCAACGACGGAAAGAUUGUAUUCAAAAAGCCCGACAAAAGUCAAGAAAACAGCAAAUCGUUGGCUAAGAGUAAAAACGAUGCGAUUAUUAAACAAAGACUUGAAGAAAAUGAGACAAAAAGUGUCCGAAAUUCGAGUUUACUUUCAUUUGAUGACAACGAAGACGAAGAGGAAGACUAUUCCAGCGAUUGACACAAUCAUCACAUCGUUGUUAUCAUUAUUGUUUUCAUUUGUUUGUUUAGUUUUAUUUACAAUCAUUUCGUUUACUCAAAUUCAUUGACUAUUUAUUGUAUAAUUAAUUUGAAAAUAAAAUAUUCUUGUGUUUAAAACUUAUAUA